AUGAGAAAAUCAUCAAGUUAUUCACAAAGUAAGAAACAUGAACGUCGUCACCGAGAACGUCAAGAGAUGAGUCAAUUCUUGCAAGAUGCAGUCCAAGAAUUCGGCUAUUCGUCCUAUCCUAAUAAUGAUCGCGAGGAUACGAUGAAUGCUAAUGAUGGAAGGAUCAUGGGUUUGGACUGGAAGACGAAAGAUGGUAAUAAUAGUCGAGGAGCUUCCAAUCGACAGAAUCAUAAUGCUACUAUUGUGGAUGGCGAGUCACAAACUCUUGAUCUGCCAAUAAUCAAGAAUAAUUUUAUCGAAGUCAUCAAUCAUGAUCAAGGUGAUGAAGAAGAACAAGAAGAAGCUGCGGCAUCCUCCCUUUCGGAAUCAUCGUCAUCAUCGUCAUCAUCGUCAUCGUCACCUGAUGAGAACAGUGACAGGGCUGCUGCCAAUAAUAAUAACAACAAUACUCGCGCAAGCAGCAGCAGCAGCAGCAGUACUAUUGUGGAUUCCUUUAUUCAACGCCAACAGCAAACUCAAAAGGCUUUGGAUUCGGCCAAGAACUAUCUCUAUCAACAAACUGAAAUAAGUGAAAGUGAAAAAGAUGCUGCCGGCAAAAAUAAGAAGAAAUCACCGAUACUGCCGCUUUUGCUUACCAGCAGCACUGAGAACUAUCAUCAUCAUCAUGAUGAUGAUGAGUCAUCAUCAUCAUCAGUUUCCUACAUUGAAAAUCCCCAAUGGUAUCACAAGAAACAAGUCUUGCAUCGAAUCAUUCUGGUCUUGUCGAUAUUGGCCAUUGGGAGUACCUACGAAUUUGUCACCACGAUUUACAAAGCCAUUCGUAGUAUAUCCUAG